AUGUCCUUCUCUUGGUCUUUUCUGGUCAUCUUCUUGCAGUUCUUGUCGUUUAGCACCGCCAUACCAACUGAGGUCUGGCCAAGAGUCACGGUCCAGACUCCGACACCGACGCCAACAUCGUCCAGUCCACUGCUCCCAUCUCAUUGCACUACUCGUUUCUGGGAUGAUGAGCACUCCACUGAAGCGCUUAAGACACCCGAUUGCUACACAUUCACAAGGCUGGCAGAAGACCCUGCAUGCCAAUGCGCCCCAGCCGCCGAUGUCAUGUGUCCCAUGAUAAUCAGCGUCACGACCGUUGACGUCCCGUGCAGCACGGACUGCUGCCCCACGACUCCAACGGCGACUGUUGCUACGUGCGCGUCGUCGUGCGACACGAGGAGGUGCACCGUCCCGACGCAGACCCUCUAUCGGACGGCCGAGUGUGCUUCUGAGACGCCCAAGUCAAGUGGCUGA